GCUCCUCUCAAUAAAUAUAUGGCAAUCUGAGGCGGGACUAUUGUUCAAACUAGAUAAGUACUCGUGGAAGAUCUGUGCAGCUGCAAAUAGCAGGGACAUCUUAUACAAUGGCUGGUGGCAAGGCUGGAAAAGACUCCGGGAAAACUAAGACUAAGGCCAUUUCGCGCUCACAGAGAGCGGGUUUGCAGUUCCCAGUGGGCCGUAUUCACAGACAUCUUAAAUCCAGAACAACGAGCCAUGGCAGAGUUGGGGCGACUGCAGCUGUGUACAGCGCGGCAAUUCUUGAGUACCUGACGGCUGAGGUUCUGGAGCUGGCCGGAAACGCAUCAAAGGAUCUGAAGGUCAAGCGUAUCACACCACGUCACUUGCAACUGGCCAUUAGAGGCGAUGAAGAGUUGGAUUCUCUCAUUAAAGCAACCAUUGCUGGUGGUGGUGUCAUCCCUCAUAUCCAUAAGUCACUGAUAGGAAAGAAGGGACAGCAGAAGACGGUAUAACCCUAUGAACAGUGGCAUGGGGUCAUCUCAGGACAUUCUGCUUCAAAAUGGUUAACAUUUUCAUUGGUAGUGUUUUAGGACUUUUUAAAUGUAUGAACUUGCAUCUACUCAUCUGUGGUGUUUUUUUUUUUUUUUAAAGUGGCUUCAGAGAAGCUGGUUUUUAUUUUGGGCUUGUAUGUAUUUGUUACAACCGGGGUUUCGUUUACGUUUUUGCAUACCUGUGGCAUUUCCAUGUUUUUUAAAGUUGUAUUUGAAUAAAGCUCCAAGGUAUUGUGCA